AUGACUAGUAUCUCUCAGCAUCAUUCAACGACCACCACUACCACUGCCACAAUGGAUCAAGAAACCGAACCUGAUUUUACAUUUCGAUCUGUAGGUGUAGGAUUAUCUAUUGGAUUAGUCUUAGCCUUUACAAAUAUGUACUUUGGACUACAAACUGGUUGGAUAUCGAUGAUGUCAUUACAAUCGAGUUUACUUGGUUACGCAAUCUUUAAAGUGAUUCCCGGAAGAUUUCUAAGUCGACCAUUAUCCAUCAAAGAAAACGUUUUACUUCAAACUACUGCAACUGCAAUGGGUACAAUGCCAUUAUCAGCAGGAUUGGUUGGAAUCAUUCCAGCUUUAUCACAAUUAUCUUUAAAAUUAGAUGGAUCUGAACCUAUAAUCUUAUCACCAAUUUCAUUGAUUGGUUGGUGUUUAGCAGUUGCUUUUUUUGGAGUUUAUUUAGCUAUUCCAUUAAGAAAACAAGUAAUAAUUAAAGAACAAUUAGCAUUUCCAUCUGGAAUAGCAACAGCUCAAGUUUUAUCAGUUCUACAUGAUUUACCAAGUCCAAAUCUUCUUAAAAGAUCUAGGUUUAGAAGUGAUGAAAGUGUCAAUUCUCCUUCAAGAACCGAAUAUAUUCCAUUACCUACAAGUUUAAAUGAAAUUGAAGAUCAAGAUAGUUUAAGUAAAUCUAAUACUACUCCUAUUGAUUUAGAUCAUCCUGAGUUAAAGAAAUCGAAACUGGCUCAAUGGAAAGCUCUGAUUAUCAGUUUCAGUGCCUCGAUCACUUAUACUCUUUUGUCAUUGGCCUUUCCUGUGCUAUAUGCCAUACCUAUCUUUGAUGUUUUUGGUCCAGUGGCUCAUACAUGGUUAUGGUGGUUUACCCCAUCCUUUGCGUUCGUUGGUCAAGGGAUCAUUAUGGGAUUUCAUACGGUUUAUAGUAUGAACCUUGGUAUGAUCGUGAGUUGGGCAAUCUUAUCUCCUCUUGCCAAGAAUCAAGGAUGGGCUCCAGGCGAAGUUGGAAAUUCGGAAAAUGGAUCUAAAGGUUGGAUUCUGUGGCCUGCAUUAUCAAUAAUGAUGGUUGAAUCAAUUGUUAGCUUAUCCUCAGUCAUCUUAACAUAUGUAAUCCAACAAAAGUUGAAAUACCAAAGAACUUCAACCCGAUCAGUACGAAGACCUUCACUAACACCUCGUCAAAGCUCCAUAGACUCUCUUUCAACAGUUUCGUCACAUCGUGAUGAGAUUGGAACCAGUUCUAAUGAUGAUGAUCAUGUUGAUGAUGAAGAUACAGUAGAGAUGAAAUGGAUGUUAUGCGGAUUCUUGACUUCUUGUUUAGUUUGUAUUGGAUUUAUGUUUUUAAUCUUUGGUACUCAUCGAACAGAAGGAAUUCAAUGGUGGGCCACUUUGAUCGCUUUAGGACUUGCAUCUUUAUUCAGUUUAUUAGGGGUUCGAGCAUUAGGAGAAACUGAUUUGAAUCCAGUUUCAGCCAUUGGAAAGAUUUCACAAUUAAUCUUUGGAUUAAUUCAACCUAAUAACAUUGUAGCGAAUUUAAUUGCCGGAGGGAUAUCUGAAGCAGGAGCAAUGCAAUGUGGUGAAAUCAUGCAAGAUUUCAAAACCGGUUAUCUUCAUCAUGUUUCACCUAAAAGUAUGUUUUAUGGUCAAAUGAUUGGUUCAUUUGUUUCGGUGUUUGUUUCGAGUGGUGUUUAUUUGAUUUAUAGUAAAACGUUUACUUUACCUAGUACAUCUUUUCCAGUACCUACAGCAGCAGUUUGGUUAAGUUUAGCUAGAUUAGUUAAUAAUGGAGAAUUACCACCUAAAAGUAAAGAAACUAUGAUCGUGUUUGGAAUCGUUUUUUUUGGAGUCUCUACACUUAGAUUGUUAUCUAGUUCUGAAACUUUACUUAAUCGACACCAUCGUUCUAAACUAAGUUGGACACAAUACUUACCAUCCGGAAUAGCAUUUUCAGUAGGAUUUAUUAAUACACCAUCAUUUUCGAUUUCAAGAAUGAUUGGAGGAACGAUUAUUUAUUUUGUGAAUCGAAAUCAAUCUUUAAAACAUCAAGAAUCAAUUAAGAUUCGAUGGAUCAUUAUUGGUUCAGGUUUCGUUUUGGGUGAAGGGAUUGGUAGUAUUCUGGGUUUGGGUUUGAAGUCUUUUGGAUUCGGUCCGGUUAGUUGUUGGGGUUGUGGGUUAGGUGGUGGUGGGUAUUGUGGUGGUUGUUAA